AUGGCAUCCCCAGCUCUCCAACCAACUCGCCCUGCGGGCUGGAUUGAUCCACGACGACCAGCAGAUUAUCCGAUUAUUCUAGGAGCCAGCCUGAAAAACGAGAGCAGCAACACAAAGGACUCACUUGUCAACAUACGCUAUAACUGGCAGCCAAAAUCCGGAUUCACUUCUCGCAGAAGCAAGCUCACCAAGUCUGGCGACAAAUAUGAUCUCCGCUUCAGACCAGCCGACAGCGACGAUGACGAGGGAGGUGAAUUUCAGUACAGCGGCACCCUGAAUCGCCAACAUUCAGGUGGCGGUUCCAACCAAUCUACAAAGAACCUUGCUCUUAUUUUUGAUAAAUCCAAAUCCGCUUUCGUGCUUGAGUCCCUCUCAACCGCGCUCGACAUGAAUCUUAAAUCUGGCGCGGGAUAUACCGCCAAAUCCGCUCGGAAACUGCCCCAACUGCCAGACAAUGACAGCAAUCAUCACCAGUCGUCGAAUGACAAUACACAAUCAACAGGGAAAAGCAAAUCUUCGCCUCCGAUUGAAGACGAGCCAGGUGACUCGUCAAACCCCUUUGACUACCGCCACUUCAUCGCUGAAGCACGGGAGAGCCUUGAGAAGUCCACUCAACAACAGGCUGGGAACCGUACUCCAAUCAGUGGUAUCACAACUCCAGUGCCACCCGGCGCCAGUCGCUUUGUGUCCACCACACCUCAAUUCCGAGCUACUGGUGCGGUGCCAAAAGCAUCAUCGACGCCUCAACAACGUAAGAAGAAAGAAGAAAGUUCAUCUUCGCGUGGUGGACUAGGCCACUCCCGCUCGACAUCUUCCACAACUGCAAAGAACGCCACAUCCGCCAAGCGAAGCACAGCUUCCAAGCCCCUGAGUAAGGAGACAAUAACAGAUUCGGACUCUGAAGCUGACAGCGAGACCAUUGCUGUAUCUCGUAACCCUGCGCCCAAGAUAUCCCGUCCAGCAGCUGUCAAUAAUGCACAACGCUCCAAACCCCCUGGUGCCAAAGGCCAUACCAGGAAUGUCUCUGCCAACAUCGGUAGCUCCCCCCAUAUAAUUAUCAACGAUGACGAUGGUGAUCUCGAGAUUGAUAUGGGCAGUCCGGAACCAGAAGAUCGCAAUCGGAGGAACAGAGUCGACCCAGAGAUGUUCCGCUCUCACACUGGCACACCGAUUGGCGGCCAUAGCUCGAAUGUCGGUAUGGCAGGCAGCAGACCCUUAUCGAGGCGUGAUGACGAAUCUCGCUCUAAGGACGGUCUUGCUGGCAGCAAAAGAGAUCGAGACGUGUCAAUGAAAGACAUUGAAGCGGAGUCUUCGCCCUCGGAUGAAGACGGGGAUGUCGAAGAAUUCGAGCUCGGCAGUCCGCAGGAGAAGCGACCUUCUUCCUCAUUGCUGAAUUCCUCGCACGUCGAAAAAGAUGAUGACGAGGAGGACAGCGGGCUGGCACCAACCCCUCCAGCCCCAAGGACCGAUCGCAUGCAGGUCGAUGAAGAUGAUGACGAGGACGACGAGGACCUGCUUGCCGCUGAAUUGGAGGCUGCGCUAGAUGAAGAGGACGAGGCUGCCAGUGCCGCAAUUGGGCUAGGGAUUGGAAUGCAGCACCACCACCACCACCAACAGAGUGAUGAGAGUGAGGUCAGUGAGGAGGAAUAA